AUGACCCCAGCAAUAUCGGCUCUGACUGGUAAUUCCCUGCAAUCUUUUCAAAAUCCUGACGCAUGUGGCAGCAUAGCAAUACCGUUUAUGCCUACACCAUCGCCUCAAACGUAUUACUGUCGUAUACGGAACUGUCAACGCUCGUGUGGUCUUCUGCAUCGCGAUUCUAGCAAAAAGCGAUACGCAUUUGGACAAAGUCUUUCGCUGGACAGAGAGGAUCCGAAAAGAGGGGAAUGGUCUUUACGUGUUACUGCCCGAAGGAACUACGGUCACCACAACCGUAUACAUACAGCAGCUCGAGAGACUGGCGGCAGCAUUUCGAGAAAACGCCCAAAACGUGCAACAGUCCACCUCCUUCACGAUAACGCACCAGCACAUCCAGCUUUGGCCACCCAGCAAAAACUGGCUGAGCUAGAGUGGCGAGUGCUAUCCCAUCCACCAUAUAGCCCGGACACCCUGCGACUACAAGCUUUUCCACCCUCUCAAACAGUUUCUCAGCGGCGCCUCGCCGAUAAGAAUAGGAAAAGGCGGAGCGAAGAGCUGCCCGACAGAUGGGCGAAGGUCAUAGACAACCAAGGAGACAUAUACUUAAUUAAGUUUGUUGCUGUUUAUAAAAUUGUUAACAAACAAAAAGCAACAAAACCCCCCUCCGGCGCGUCAGUACAAAAAAGGAAGAAAAAGGUGCGCAAACCACGCUCUGGUGCAACAAAUUCUACAACAUCAACAAGCACAACUUCAUCUGGAAGAAAUUCGCAAAUCACAAAAGAGUCACAGUCACCUCAGCCGCUUUCUACACUUGACGACAUUAUGGAAAGAGCAGUCAAAAAGAUAUCAGCUGUGAAAAUUGUAGAAGAUUCAAUGAUGAUGGCAGAGCCGAAGAACAGCAAGACUUCAAAGAGAUCUCGCUUAGAGCCAUCUGUCUCCCUAGACACUACUACAAUACACUUUGAUCAGCCAGUAUGGGAUAACGCUGAACUACGAGAAGAAUUGCUUGAUUCCGAAGAAGAAUUUGCUUUGGAUGCUGACCCGCCGUCUCUUCGUGAAGAUUCCUUGAUUGUUGACGAAAUAUUGAGCGAAACAACACAUCCACUAGAUUCCAAUCCUAUCGAGCAUGGAAGAAAGGACGAGAUGAUUUCAGGAUGGAGCUCAGACGAGAACGACUUCUCAACGGUGGACCUUACACAAGGGAGGAAAGCUGACAGCCAUGAGGAACUACAUGUGAUACCAGUACGCAGAAGGAAAUUGAAGGGAGUGGCAUACGAGCAAAGCCUUGACCUCGCUGAUAAUGUAUGA